CUCCGUGGUGCGCGUCCCGCAGGUUAGGGUUCAGCAGAGGUAGGAUGUCGGCGCCGUGGUGGGAUUCCGACUGGAAGGACCGGUCGGCGCCUGAGAGCCGCGUCCAUGUUGGCAACCUCCCCUGGAGCACCGACGAGCGCUCACUCAAGGACGCCUUCGCCAACUACGGCCCGCGCAGCGCCGAGAUCGUCACCGACCAUGAGACUGGCAGAGCCCGCGGGUUCGGCUUCGUCAACUUUGAGGACAACAAGUCGAUGAACGAUGCCAUCCAGGGCAUGAACGGACAGGAGCUGGGUGGCCGCAACAUCACCGUCAACAAGGCCAACGACCGCCCCCGCCGCUGGAGGGCAUGAG